UAUUUCACAAGGUGCUAAACGUGUGUAGUUCAUUAACGUCACAUGAUUGCAUUAAGUUAUUGUUAUCAAAAAAAAUCUUAAAGUCAUUUGAUAUAUUUUUUUUUUUUAUCUUUGCAAAAUGCAUGCAUGAACAUGUAACGCAUGAAGUGGUAAAUGCAACUAGUGUUGUUUUUCAAAUGAUUGUGUGGAUUUAUGAGGAAAAGCAAUAAUUUGACAUUGUGGAUUUUAAAAAAAAGUUAUUAGAUUUUAUUUUUUUUAAUCACUAACGGCUGUGAAUUGAAUCUGUUUUUAGUACAUACCUGAUAUACAGACUCUAAACAGAAAAAAAAUCGAAAAGGAAAAAAAAAGCAAAGAAAAAAGAAGCAAAAAAACCACAAAAAAAACAAACAAUUCAUACGUACGAAUUUUGUUUAUACUUUUACCAAGUUUAAAUAUAGCUUCUGCAAUUUUCUUGGACGGAAGUGUUAAUAAAGGGAACUGUGCAUUCCACCGAUUUCAGUUUCAACAAUAAAACAUAAACCUGGGACAAGACAAUUACAAGUGCAGUUUGAGAAUAACAGGCUGACAUCAGGUUUGACAACAACAGUCUCGUACUAAAUAGGAUCCGGCCAGGUGUUGCUUCCUGAAUGGGAAGAUUGAGAAACACCUGUCGUCUGCGAACAGAUCCUGUCGUCUGCCGAUUAUCUAAUUAUUCAACCCGUGCGCUCUUUUGUCUCUGGGGUCAUGUGACACCCUUUGUGUUAAUUUGAGAAGACGAAGAAGAAAAAGAAGACAGACAUGUUUACUAUGACCAAACGCGCUCCGGUGAGAGAAACCAUGUUAAACACGAGUGGUAGAUGAUCAAUGCAUAUGUGAUAUACAUAUAUAUUUUUGUCUUUUAUAAAUGUCUCACGAAGUCAUGUAUCAAAGGACAGGAUAUUCUGGUGUAACGGCUGAUCAAGUCACGCGCAAAGCAGACGACAAAACAACACGAGGCACGAUGGGAAAAGAAUCUUCGUCUCAUUUCGGAAAAGAUUCUCCGUCCUUUUUCGGAAAGCCCGAAGACAGGCACAAAUUUUCUCCCGCGAAAGGAUUGCGCAUGUCGCGAAAUCGCGAUGGAAAUGAGAGUCGAAAACAAGUUGAUGACAUAAUUAAUAAUUUCAGCGAUACGUUGAUCAGAAACGAACCUCUGCUUUCCAGUAAACAGAGCAAAACGGAAAAGAAGAGAAGAAAAAGUAACGAAGAUUUCGAAGAGCUGGAAGUCAUGCGCAAUGGGGCAAUCAACAAGAGCUUAGAGAAAGGUCUUCUGCAUAGGAGGAAGAAAAACGGCGAGAAUGAGCAGGUGAGAAGUCAGUUCACUUUAGACCCACGGAAAAAGAUUCCGGAAAAAUAUACAUAUCGGACGGAAACCCGGAAUUCAGGCGAUGACGGAUUUAUGUUGUUUUCAAACGAUAAAAAACCCAAAACCAAGAUUACCUUUAAACCCAAGAAGCAGAUGACAAGAAAACAGUUGGAUUCCGUGAGCAGUUUUGAUUUCAAGCACAUCAAAACGAAGUCGCCCGAUCGUUAUCGAGUUGCUGACGGAAACAACCGAAUAAGACCGAAGUCUGCCGGACAGGCAAUGUACAUGCGGGUGAACUGCCUCUCGAGCGAGAGCGACGACAGCUCAUUGGACGGCGAAAUCGAAGUCAUUGACCUAGAUGACAGUUUACAGUUCAACGACGACGUUUCCGCCGUUCCUGUUAGCGUGUUCCUUGAAGACCGAUAUUACGGUCCGGUCGACAAUACGUUAAUCGUAAACCCCGACGACGAUGUAGGACAGUUUAAGAAUCACAAUAGCAACGGGAGUAAUUUUGAACCGCGGACACAUGGCGGAAUACGCGGUCCAGUCAAAAAGACGGACGAGAAUGACGUUACCGACCUAUCUGCGAAAAGAUCGCGGAAGUUGAUGACGUCAGAGCCGCGCCGCAGGAUAAAGAGUGAAGCGAACAUACAGCGGACUGCGGACGAGUUAUCGUUCAAACAGAACAAAUUUCAGUCGGUCAAAGUGAAACGCGGGUUGAACAGUGACUUCCCGUACCAAAUAUCAGAGCACCAAGAAAACCAACCAAAGUUCAGCCAGCAGAAAGGUUCCGUCGUAACAGACUUGGGAAAUCUGAAACCGAGAUUCGGAAAAGAGAAGCAGUAUUCGGACGCCUUCGAGAAAGUGUUGUCGAAAUACUCAAAGUUUACGAUCGCGCGAGACGGAACCACGCAACCGGCGCCGAUGGACGUGCGGGAUAAACGCACGGGCGCCCGCGCGACACGUGUGCACGUGCCCCGGAAACUGAAACCAAUCUUGAAGCGAGAAAAGCUGAGCCCCAUCAGCCAGAACAAGUCGGGAGAACGUGAUUUUCAAAUCCCGUCACACUGAGAUUUGACAAACCACGGGCUGGUUGUGACGGUGAUGUCUGACGAUGACGAUUAUGAUGAUGACGAUGAUGAUGACUGUAAUGGUGGUGAUAUGAUAAUGUGAGAAUGACGAUAAUAUUGACGAUGAUGAUGAGGACGACGAUUAUGACGCAUUAGGACAAUAUACAUGAUGGUGCAAGUUACAUUAUCAUCUUAUUUCAUCUUAAUUCCUUUUGUACCACUAUACCGUAGACGUUUAACUCGUAUGAAUGCUAGACGUAGCCCAGUGGUAAAACAUUCGCCUGAUACGCGGUCGGUCAUGGAUCGAUCCCCGUCGAUGGGCCGAUUGGGCUGUUUCUUGUUCUAGCCAGUGCACCACGACUGGUACAUAAAACGAUUGACAAUGAAUAGCCAGAGAUUAAUAAACCAAUAUGCUCUAGUGGUGACGUUAAGCAAAAUAGACAUAUUUACUAUAUAAUAGACAUAUAUAUAUACACACACACACACACGCACACACACACACACACAGACACACACACACACACAUAUAUAUACUUAUUGCGUGCCAUAGAAAGCAUAAGCAUAAAAUGAAUCAUCAUCAGUACCAUCAUCAUCAUCAUCGUCGUCGUCGUCGUCGCCAAACAUCGUCACUAUGAUUAUCAUCCGGGCUUUGUUCAGGGAUUCACGGCAAUCACAAUUUCGACGCUGACGGAAGUCAAGGUUUUAGCGGGUUCAAUACUUUUUAUGACCUUCUCUUUCGGUCGAAGUAUUAUAAAGGCAUAUUGUCACAGACCACUGACCUAUUUAAUGGUCUAACAAAGUAUUACCUGAACAAAAAUUAUUUGAUUUGUCAUUAAAUGUACUUUAUUCAACCA